AUGCUGCCUGAUUCAACUUCAGCUAUUCUCCUAAGCGUCCUCCUUGUUCACUCCUCUGUUCUGUCCUGUCGCAUCGGCACCCAAACAGAGUGUGAUGCUGCUCCUUUUGUACCAGGACACAACCUGGUGGGGGAAGGUUUUGAUAUAGUCACAAUGCAGAGAAAAGGAGCUCACGUGAUUGAUGUGAAGACUUACCUGAGCCCCAAGAAAACCUGUAAACUCUGCACCAACCCUCUUCAAAACGAUACUUACCAAAAAAGCACUGACCCUGUUCUGCAGAGCGGCUCUCUGGUUGAGGCUUACACAUCCCAAGACGCCAAUGAUUGGACGGUUGGCUUGGAUUUUGAAAAGUUUUUGUUUGACAACUUCGAUGUGGGAGGAACCCGCUCCAAAGGCUACAAGUUCGCUUUACAAAGGAGCAAAGAGGAUCGCUACACUUUCAGCAUACACAGUGUCACCUGCAGCCAUUAUGGAUUUAUAUUAUCAUCCAAACCUCCCUUAAGCUUAGAGUUCAAAAAGCAGUUAGACGUCCUGCCAACUCACUACAACUACUCCACAAAGAACGAGUAUACAAACCUCAUACAGACCUAUGGCACACACUUCAUGAGACUGGUUCAUCUUGGAGGGCGACUGAGACGAGUGACAUCUUCACGAAGCUGUUUGUCCUCCAUGAAUGGGUUAAUCUCAAGUGAGGUCCACAACUGUUUAUCUAUGGGUGUUGCUGUUGGCUUGGGGAAGGUGAAACUCUUUCAUGUCCAGAAGCCUUGCAUUGGUGUUCUAAUAAACAAGGACCUUGCCACUGGCUACAGCUCUGGUCUCCACCAGCAUUUCACAGAGGUGUCAGGAGGAAAUGGUUGGUUGGGGGAGUUUUCAAUUUCCCAAAAUGAUUCCAUGGGCUUCAUGAAGUGGCUAAAGAGCCUGAAAGAACAUCCAGAUGUUGUUUCGGUGUCUGUUUCAAUGUUUCGACCUCUCUAUCAGCUCGUGACAAACAAGCUUCAAAAAGCAGCAGUGAAAUCUGCUAUUGAGCAGUAUUUGGAGGACAAUGCUAGGUGGAAAUCACCCCAAGAGCCACACUGUGAGGGAUCUACUCCUGAUUUGUCCUCUAACUGCUGCCCUCAGCACGCCUCAAGGGGAACUCUAUCAGUGACCAUUGUUCGAGGCUGGGAUCUCAAAGGAGAUCAGAUUUUACAAACUGACAGCUAUGCCAGGAUGUACUAUGGUUCCUUAAACCGCAAGACCCAAAUCAUCGUAUCCGAUAAUCCUCAGUGGAACGCUGAGUUUAAUUUGGGCAAGGUUGACACAAGGCUGGCUCUGAAGAUUGAGGUUUGGGAUGAAGACUGGAAAUCUGACGAACUUCUCGGAAAGUGCGAGAAGUACCUGAGCCCUGGCACUCACACUUUCACGUGCAAAGCCACUCCAGGAGGCUUUGAGGUUAAAUACACGCUGACCUGUGACCCGUAUCUGACUGGAGAAAAGUGCAACCUUUAUAAACCAUCUUCUUAGUGGCAGGAGAUUGGUGAGUUUUGGGAAUAAAAGCAUUUCAUUUCAUCAUAUAAAAUUAACUCACUAAAUCUGAUAGAAACUCUG